CAGGCUUAGUAACAACUUCCGGGCCACGAGGGUUGUCAGAAAGCUUAAAACUCGACCAAAAUGCUGCAAAAGCAGAACGGUUUGGUUUGUUGUUGUGAACUUGUAGCUAGUUAGAUUUUUUUUAAAUUAUUCACUAACGAUACAUCAUCAACGCUAUUGAUAUCAUGGAUGCGUUACACAGACAUCGUUCUCUUCACAAGGGGACGACUCCACCAUGGAAGGAAACCUACAGGAAGCGUUGCGUGGACAGGUUGAAGAACAGCCGAUCCAGGUUACUGGAGAAGUACCGUCAGAUGGGAGAUGGUCAACACUGCAGCGCCAAGGGCUCUGUUUUCGUCCAGGAGGUGAUGGAGGAAGAGUGGAACGCGCUUCAGUCAGCCAACAGAGGGCUGCCCUCCCUGUGGCGUAACGACGGACUGGAAGAGAUGUACAGCGUCAUGAAGGAGUAUGAUGAACUGGCAGUGUUUGAAGAAAUCCAACAGGAACUUAUGUCACAAGAGCUCUCCAUCAUUGAGGAAUAUGAGAAGAGCAUGCGGUUUGAGGAGCAGUAUUUGAAUUCAGUUGUGGAAGGGCUGGAAGGGGAAAGGCAAAUCAUUUGUCCCGUAUGUCAUUCGCACAACCUGACUGUGAACAGCCAUUGUACCUCCUGUCCCUGUGGGCUUUACAUCAACACACGGCAAAGCAACGUGACCCUAGAGUCUCUGCAGUGUUUGUUGGAGAGGAGGGUAACGGAACACAUGGAGGAUUGUCUUCAGAACCCGGUCUUCUCCAUGGCCCCCAAUGCAGAUAGCUCCCCUAACCUCAUGAUGAGCUGCAAGGCUUGUGAUUACCUGUCCAUAGUUCUGUGAAUCACCCGUCCUACCGGGAAAGAGGCUGAUUUUUAACCAUCCUGUGUCCGUGGGAGGAUUUUUGUUCUGAAAUAAAGACUAUAUUUGUACAGUAAGAUUGGGCCGUUUUAAGUUUUGACUGGUAUUCAGAGUAUGUCUUAAAGACUUGCUAUACAAGGGCACAAUCGUGUGCCAAAAGUAGUCAUGGCAGUACACUGGGGCUGGCUAAUGAGAUGCCAUAGCUCUGAUUUAUAACAGCUGAUGUUGUCAAUGUUUUCCUGUGGUCUUUCUGGAGGCCUUCCUACCUGAAAAGGUACAGACUGCUACAACCAGCUCAAUGCCUUAAACAAGUCUUUUUGAUAUGAUCACUGGCUUAAUUUCUCUUCUGUACUUCUGUCCUCAUGUCCACAACUAAUUGCUAUGUCGGCAAUAAAAUCAUGCUUAAAA